AUUCGACGUCUCAAAAGAUUCAGUGUAAAAAAUUCAAUGUCUCAAAAGAUUCAGUGUAAAAAAAUUCAACGUCUCAAAAAAUUCAGUGCAAAAAAAUUCAACGUCUCAAAAAAUUCAGUGUAAAAAUGAUCAGAGUCAACAUCCGGGUAACCAAGGAAAAGCAAUCGAUCCCUGUAUCAAAUCGUUCAACAUCCAGCCAAUCAUUUACGCUCCAUUGGUCACGUGAUGCAGAAACUGGAAGGCGGUGAAGUUCAGGACAGGUGAACUCCGGUCAGCAGCAUGGCUCAGAACACGACGACAAAUGAUGGCGCUUCGGAACUCCUGCUUAAUAAUCUUUUAGAAAGACUUCGCUCUCGAUUGGAGCAUAUUCUGGGACGCAUGCCUCUGGAUCUGGACUUCUUGGAGUUCACUUGUACACAAGAACUUGUGUUUUUAAAUGCUGUAUCCAGUCAAGUAACUGUUUGUCCAGCUAUUUUAGAUUCACUGAGACAGCUACACAGUCUUAUCAAUUUGGAAACAGAGAAAAGGGAGCAACACAUUACAGUUGUGCAGUUUGAGCAAGGACCAGCUGGGCGACAGCGAAUGGGCAUAUCCCAAGAGUACCUUUGCAAACUUCUGGAACUUAAUCUGUCUGUUCCAUGUAUAGCUAAACUUUUGGGGAUGUCCAGGCGCACAGUAUACAGACGCAUGGCUGAGUCUGAUCUCUCAGUUAAGGCAUUAUACCGCACGAUGACAGAUGACGAGUUAGAUCAGUGUGUGAGAGAUAUUAAGUCAAGGCAACCUAACUCUGGCUAUCGAAUGAUGAAGGCCCUUUUGCAAGCCAGAGGACUGAGGGUGCAGUAUAACCGUGUCAGGGCCUCCAUGCACCGCGUUGACACCACUGGUGUCAUAAGCCGCAUGAUCCACGUAGGAUGUAUUGCUCGACGGACCUACUCUGUUCCAGGACCCCAGUCUUUGAUGCACAUAGAUACAAACCAUAAAUUGAUUCGCUACAACAUUGUUGUCUUUGGUGGUAUUGACGGUUUUUCCCGUAAGAUAAUGUAUCUUGGUGCAGCCUCCAACAACCUUGCAUCAACCACCCUGGCUUUCUUCCUAGAAUCUGUUGAGAAGUUUGGUUUUCCUCUCAGGGUUCGUGCUGAUCAGGGAGUGGAAAAUGUUGACGUUGCACGCUUCAUGUUUACAGUCCGUGGCACUGGAAAGAGCAGCUUUAUAUCUGGGAAGAGUGUUCACAACCAAAGGAUUGAGCGGCUGUGGAGAGACCUCUGGACAGCUGUAACAUGCAUCUACUAUGAUGUUCUUCACUACCUGGAAGAAGAGGGCUUCCUCAGCAUCGCCAAUGAAACACACCUCUUUUGCUGUCACUUCGUGUUUCUCCCACGCCUGCAGGAUGACCUAGAUACUUUUCGCAAUGGUUGGGACAAUCAUCCGCUGAGAACAGAAGGCCACAUGACCCCUAACCAGCUGUGGGAGCUGGGUCGUACACAUUAUCCAAUUCCAGGACAAGAUAACACAGAGGGCAUGGAUAUUCUUAACAUCGAGUGGGAAAACAGCGGACUUCCAUUUGAUGACCAGUCGGGCAUCAUUGUUCCAGACAUGGCAUGCCCUCUGAGCGAUGGACAAAUGACUGCUUUAAGAGAUGCAGUUAACCCAAGAGCUGCAUCCCAGUCCUUUGGUUGUGAUGCUAACAUUGCUGCUGUUCAAUUUUGUGAGCAGUUUUUUGGUCUGUGAAAAAACUGAUCAGAAUGACUUAAGUUUUAAGUCUAUUAAUAAUUUUUGGUAUUAUCUGAAUUGUAUUAUUCUUAUUGCUUUGGCAAGAGAAAGAAAAAGAGGAAGGUGCAACAUAGUAACAUUACAAAACCAGUUCAUUUUACUUUAAACACCUAUGUUAACGGUUAUAAUACAACUGAAUGUAACACAAGGAACGUUCAAAAAGAAUUUAAGGCCAUAUAGUUCACUUAACUCCUGCUUCAAUUACAUUAGUGUAGAGAUUGAAAACAAUGUUAAAUUGCAAAAUAUAAGAUGUACAUAUACUGCACUUCCGUGAAAGCUAAGAUUGAUAGAUGACCCUAACUGUCACUGUUUUCACAGUAACACUUAAGUCCCCACACUUAUUGCGUCAAAUCAGCAUGUAAACAUGAUUUAUUUACGAAUGCAGUUGUAAAGACAUUAAGUGUUUGUUAAUAUUUGUCAACGUUUAAAAGUUCUAUAAUGACGUUUUACAUUGUUUUGCUAUACCAUAACUUAUUGUUUAUGAACAAACCAACCUCUGUUAGGUAUUAUAAAAUGAGGUAUGUGGUUAUACAUAAAACAAUUUUGAUUAAACUUUUCUUCUCA